AUGCACGCCUCAACAGUCCUCUUCGCCUCUCUAUCUCUUCUUGCCGGCCAAGUCCUAGCAGGAACGGGCCGCUGCUGUAAUGGCGGUACAGAUGAUUUCCAAAACUUCUGCAAAAACAAAAACCUCAACAGUUUUUGUUGCAGCACUAGGGACCCUAAUUUAGGGAUAGGGUGUGACGGGUUUAAGCAGUUCCCAACUGGACGCGACACUCAAGUCGAUGUCCCCUUCGCACCGACCUGCACGUCUAUUGACCAGACUGGCUUUAUUUCAUGCGCCUAA